AAAAAUAGAUCAUUUUUUUUUAAACGAAAGAAGUAUUAGUUUGAUGUAUACAUUGGUUGGGGAUGAGUUUGAUAAGGCACUUUAUAUUAUGUUAUAUUAUCCUAGGUGCUCAAUAAAUCAAGAACAUUCGCGGACUUUCAUUUAACCGAACGUAUACCCUACGUUUUUAAUUAUAAUUGGUUGGUUGAUGUGUGAAAUACUAUUGAAGCAAGAGUAACAUUUCUUACACUUCUAUUGGGGAGAACACUAUAGCUUAUUGUCAUCAUACACAACUAAAACCAACUCAAAACUGAAAAUUCACUCAUGAACCUUCAAUUAUAAAUAGACUUUUAAGCCUUCCAUUGUGAUUAGCAACUUAAUUCACAACCAUAUUAAUCAAAGAAGAAAACUGAGGGAAUAAGAAGAAGAAAAAAAAUGAGACCUUCAAAGGAUUUCAAAAACUUAGCAUUUUAUAUUUUGCUUCUUUUUGCUUCAGAGUAUUGCUUGGGAAUAACAGUAGCUGCUGAGAAAAAUCAGAAACAAAAUCUUGGAACGGUGAUUGGGAUUGAUCUAGGUACAACAUACUCUUGUGUGGGCGUAUAUAAAGGAGAGAAUAAUGUCGAGAUCAUAGCAAACGACCAAGGAAACAGAAUCACCCCUUCAUGGGUUGCAUUCACUGAUACAGAGAGGUUAAUUGGAGAAGCUGCAAAGAAUCAAGCAGCUCUUAACCCCGAACGUACUAUAUAUGAUGUUAAAAGGCUCAUUGGAAGGAAGUUUGAUGAUCCAGAAGUUCAGAAAAUUAUCAAAAUGUUGCCUUUUAAUGUUGUGAACAAAGAUGGCAAGCCGUAUGUACAAGUGAAGAUUAAAGAUGGCGAUGUUAAAGUGUUUAGCCCAGAGGAAAUUAGUGCUAUGAUCUUGCAGAAAAUGAAAGAAACAGCUGAGGCGUAUUUAGGGAAGUCAAUUAAGCACGCUGUCAUCACCGUUCCAGCUUAUUUUAAUGAUGCACAAAGGCAAGCAACCAAGGAUGCUGGCACCAUAGCAGGGCUGAAUGUAGUUCGGAUAAUAAAUGAGCCGACUGCGGCUGCUAUAGCCUAUGGUUUGGACAAGAAAGGGAAAGAGCAGAACAUUUUGGUUUAUGAUCUUGGUGGUGGCACAUUUGAUGUUAGCAUACUUAGCAUUGAUAAUGGUGUUUUUGAGGUCCUAGCAACAAAUGGGAACACUCACUUAGGAGGAGAGGACUUCGAUCACAAACUAAUGGACUAUUUUAUCAAGUUGAUUAAGAGGAAAUAUAACAAGGAUAUUAGUAAUGACAAGAAAGCUCUUGGAAAGCUUAGAAAAGAAUGUGAGAGAGCCAAGAGGGCCUUAAGUAACCAGCACCAAGUACGUAUCGAGAUCGAGUCUCUUUUUGAUGGUAUUGAUUUCUCCGAGCCAUUAACAAGGGCGAGAUUCGAGGAGUUGAACAUGGAUUUGUUCAAGAAGACAAUGGGCCCAGUAAAGAAGGCACUAGAGGAUGCAAACUUGAAGAAGACGGAUAUUGAUGAACUCGUGCUCGUUGGUGGGAGUACUCGAAUUCCAAAGGUGCAACAGCUCUUAAAGGACUUCUUCGAUGGGAAAGAACCUAACAAGGGUGUCAAUCCUGAUGAGGCUGUAGCCUAUGGAGCAGCAAUACAAGGGGCAAUUCUUGGUGGUGAAGGAGGGGCAGAAACCAAAGAUCUUUUGUUGCUUGAUGUGACUCCUUUAAGUCUGGGAAUUGAGACAGUUGGUGGGGUUAUGACAAAGUUAAUUCCAAGAAACAGUAGGAUACCUGUCAAGAAAACCCAAGUUUUCACCACCUAUCAAGACCAGCAAACGAGUGUAACAAUUAAGGUAUAUGAAGGUGAAAGGAGCUUGACGAAGGAUUGUCGUGAACUUGGAAGAUUCGAUUUGUCUGGUAUACCUCCUGCUCCAAGGGGAGUACCACAAAUUGAGGUGACUUUUCAGGUUGAUGAAAAUGGAAUUCUACAUGUAACAGCGCAAGAUAAAGCAGCUAAGAAAUCGAAAUCCAUUACCAUCACUAGUGACAAGUCGCGUCUAAGCCAAGAAGAAAUAGAUAGAAUGUUGAAGGAGGCUGAGGAUUUCGCUGAGGAAGACAGAAAGGUGAGGGAGAAGGUGGAUGCUAGAAACAAGCUUGAAACAUACGUUUACAACAUAAAGAACACAAUCAAUGACAAGCUCGUGGAGAAGAUUGAUCCUGAUGACAAAGAGAAGAUUGAGAAGGCUCUUAAGGAAGCUACGGAGUGGUUGGAUGAUAACCAAAACGCGGAAAAGGAAGACUAUGAUGACAAGAUGAAAGACUUGGAAGAUGUAUGCAAUCCUGUCAUAAGGCAGGUGUAUGAGAAGAGUGGUGGAAGUUCUGCAAAUUCAGGAGAUGAGGAGGAGUCAUACGAUGAAUUAUAGAUUAUAGAGCUUAACACAUUAUUUUGGAUUACAGAUUGUAGAGUUGAACUUUCUUCUUAUUUUGAUCUCUUUUUUUAAAGCCUGUGGAGUGAAUCUGGGCCAUUUUAUUUCAAUAACAAAUUUACU